CGAUGAGAGAUCUCUAUUCAUGUCCUUGUUUCCUUGUGUUUUCACUGUUCUUGCCCUGACUCUGAACUCUUUCUUUCAGGAACGCAUUGAAAUUCAGAAACUGCGUCAAGGCCCGAGCCUGAUCCUGGGAUUUAGUAUUGGAGGUGGGAUUGACCAGGACCCAGCUCAAAACCCCUUUUCAGCUGAUAAAACUGACAAGGGUGUGUACGUAACCAGAGUGAGCGAGGGUGGACCAGCCGAAGUAGCGGGUCUCCAGAUUGGAGACAAGAUAAUGCAGGUGAACGGUUGGGACAUGACUAUGGUAACGCACGACGAGGCUAGAAAGUGUCUGACUAAGAAGACCGAAGAGGUGGUUCGUCUUCUGGUAACGCGUAAAUCCCUGCAGGACGCCGUGAGGAACGCAAUGAAGUGACGAAGCUCUGGGACUGAGCUACUACUUGGCCUCUACAAAUUAAAGAGCAGCUAUUCUCUUUUAUUUCUAAAGCAGUGCUGAACUCCCUGUUAUUCAGCGGCAUUUGAAAAAGGUUCUUACUACUUGGUUACCAGGGCACGGGUCACUGAGAAUUGUUAUGAAAUUUUUAAUAUAUAUAAAUAUAUAAUGUGGCAAUUCUGUGGCGUUCUGCUGCCCUGGAACUGACACGAACGGUAAUGCUAUCGGAACCACGAGGACAAAGGUUAAUGUAGGAGUUGUCUCCUGUAUUUAAGAUAACACAUAUCAAUUAUGCAUUGCACCCUCUUUUCAAUAGCCUACUGUUUAUUUCAUAGGUUAUGGGGAUGAGUCACUGCUCAAUGAUCAUGUUAAUGGAGGGGGAGAGAGGGAAGAGGAGAAAUUGCUCUUUAAAUUGUGAGUUCAACGGAGUUAGCCCUGUGCCAAAAAUGAGCAAAGAUGCAAUAGUUUAUUUCUGCGGACUAAAGAACGUGACAGCGUAAUGAAACCUAAUGAAGCUGGAAAAUAGCCGAGGAACCGACUCGGGCAAAAAGUGACGAUGUUUUGUAAAAUGGUUGAUUUGUUUGAAAAGCUAGCUUGAACCAAAGCAAUCUAUAUCAGUACGUCUCUAAAUUCUCAACCUAUGCACGUAUCUUGAAGUGUUUUUGGUGAUUUUUUUCUCUCUUCCGGAAUGUACUUUUAUACUUGAGACUAACUAUUUUUUGUAGAUCUAUUUAAUCGAACUCUGUGCCUUUUGCACAUGGUAUGGGCAUUUCAUUCACAUUUAUUCACUUCUGUCAUUACAGUUUAAAAAAAGCUUUUGGACGCAUUUAUUCCUCACUAAAGAUAAUCCUGUUAUAUUGUGUACAUUAUGUUAAUUUUAUUCUGUAUUACAGAGGUACUUUGCAGUUAUAAACCUUGAAUGCUGGGUGUAGCACUCACUCCACGGUCUAUAAAAGUGCCUUUAUUCCUUUCCCUCAAGUGGACCAGCUUGAAUUUAACUAGCCAAAAAAAAACAACUGACCACGUGCCUUUGUGUGGAGGGAAUGGCCUCACUGAAGUGCGCAUGAAGCAGCAACAAGCCCUUAUCAAACCCACUAUUUUGAAGAGAAUUGGUCAGUCAUGCGUUGACCUAGUUUGGUGAAUGUUUGGGAAAUAGAGAUUGAUCCAGUGUUAAAAUCCAGUGUUCCAAACAGCCAGCCGCUCCCUUCUGUGACCCCCCCCCCACCCCCCUCUCUUAACAGUGGGGUGAGUGUCAAACCUACCCUUGAUUGGGAGUGACAAGUAGGAAAGCGCUGUUAGUUUCCCCCAUGGAAUCUCAGCACGGUAACAAGUUGUUGGAUUGUAACCCUCUGACUCUUGCUCCCACGUACGUGAUGAAUCGCUGGCUGUUGCACCUCCAGCCUUUACAAGGUGGGUCCUGGUGAGCUCUGCACUCUUGAGACUGGCUUCCCUUCAGCAAUGAUUUCUUCGGUAACUUACUGUGAACCAGUACCAAUGCUUUCCUUUUUUAAUACUGAACUUUUUUAUGGGCGGAUGAUUGCAAGUGCACGUGAUGUAACCAGUUGUUUCACAGAGGUUUUUACUGAUGGUUUUGUUUAUCCUGUGUAUCAAUGAUGCUUUUGCAUUUUUUUUUAAAAUCUAAGACUAAUAUUAAUUUGACUUGAGAUGCGAAGCGCCUGUUGAUUAUGUGGAAAGUAAUGAUGAAGUUUGUCAUUGUAAAGAAACACUACACCAACUACUCUCAAUAAAAAGCUCUCUUUUCCUUUGGGUCACCAAGGAUAGAGGAGGAAAGGCUUUACACUAA